UCUCUCUGCGUGAGGCUACGCGCUUACUCUUAAGAGGUACGGACGCCAAACCCUUCUUCUUCCCCUAUUCUUCGUCGAUUUCGAUUUAGGAUUUAGGGUUUGCUUUCUUUUUCUCGUAACAUAUACAACUGUAUAUUAAUGGAUUGGAUUUCGAUCUGCUGGUUCCCGAGAAAUUUUAUGGAAAAAAAAUUAAAUGACAAUGAUUCGAUAAGCGGCUGCUAUACUUAAAUUCUCUCUCCCCUAGGGUUUAUUUUUCCACUCAGGCAUACUGUUGCAAGCUUUGAGAUUGGAUUUGCAUCCAUUUUUUCUUCCUUCAAAAGAUUCAUUAAUUCAAGGGGAAGCCUCAACCACUCCUCAAGAUUUUACUAGACGAACCGCCAUGGUAGCGGGCACGCAGCAACAGUCGCAACAACUGCUGCAAACUCAGCCACCACAACAACAGCAACUGCCUAUUUCUGCUGAGGAGGAGGCAUUGAAGAGAAAUACUGACUGUGUGUACUUUCUUGCUUCUCCUCUCACAUGUAAAAAGGGAAGUGAAUGUGAAUAUCGCCAUAGUGAAUAUGCUCGGAUCAAUCCCAGGGAUUGUUGGUAUUGGUUGAAUGGUAACUGCUUGAAUCCAAAGUGCUCGUUCCGACAUCCACCUCUUGAUGGUCUAUUGGGGACCCAAGCAGCACCGUCGGUACCUUCAGUUGGAUCUGGGCCCCCCUCAUCACAGGCUGCAGCGGCAUCAGCUGCUGCUGGUACUCAAAACUCUAGUAAGCAGCCUGUCUCCUGCAUAUUUUUCCAAAAGGGUUAUUGCAACAAAGGAGAUAAAUGUGUCUUUUUGCAUGGACCAAAUAGUACACACAGUAUGAAAGUCCCACAGCCUUCAGCUCCUACAUUUGUUUCUGAGCCAUCAAUUGUUAAGAAAGCUUUUGGUGGCCUUCAGAAGUGCACUCAAGAGCAAAGGAUUCCUCAGGCAAAUAGCUCGAAGUUAGUUGUACCACCUACAAAGGCUAACAAUACUCUAAAGGUUGAAAAUGCUCCUUCUAGAAACGGAGUUAGUUUUGAGAGGGUUGCCCCAUCAGUCAAGGCAUUUGAUGAUAAGUCUCUUAGAUUCAAGACAGUGAAUACUCCUGUUAUUAAUGGAAAUUUGACUAGUAGGUCCAGUCGUUCACAUAUAGUUAAUGUAUCAGAUGAUAAUAGCUUUCAGAAUGGUAAGGAUGCGGACGAGUACUUGAGGGAAUCAUCUCCUGGUUUUGAUGUUCUUGUUGAUGAUGAGCUUAGAGAUCCUGAAUAUUUUCACGGCGAAGAUCAAUUCGGGCAAGGUCAUGAUGGAAGGAACGUGAACUUGGUGGAUGAAUAUGAUAUGGAAAAGUCUGCUGAUUAUGGUGCAGCUGCUGAAAUUGAUCGAGAGAGGCUUCGUGAUUCUCGUGGGUACGACUCUUAUGAUCACAUGCAAGGGCAGUAUGCUUGGGACCAACACAGGGUGUCAUCUGAGAGAUUGUUAGUUGGACCAGCACAGUUUGAUAGAAGGGGUUAUCGUAAGUCUCAUAGUCCAGAUAACAUUAAUGAGUCAGAUCUAAGACAUCGGUUAUCCAAGCACAGGAGAGUUGAUGGUUUGAGAUCUGUCAUUAGUCAUGAUCAUGCUGUCAACAAUCAUGUUGAUGACCGAAAUUAUAGAGGUUCUUCAAGAAGAGAUUCACACCAAAAAUCUCAACAUGAGGGUGCUCUUGGGGGUCGCCUUCGAGGUAGAAUAAAGCUUCCUGGAGGAUCUUCUACCAAUAGUGGUGAUUUGCCCUUUGACAGAGAAUUUGAUAGGAGUAGGAGUCGGGGGAGAUUGUCUCCCAGCAGGCCUCAAAUCUCUACCAACCAUGGAAGGUUUAGGGACAGAUUAAAAGGAAUAGCUCAGGAUGAUUACAGUAAUCAAGAUAGAAAUUUCAGGGGUUUGCGGCCAAGGAGAGAUGACAUGGAUGAUGAAAGUAUAGAUUUUAGUGGUCCAAAGCGUUUGUCAGAAUUAAAGGUAGGGCGGGUUACAGAAACUAAGGAGCAAUCACACCUUGGAAAGCGUAAGAAUACAAGGAUGGAGGCUUCUCAGCAUUCUGAAGAUCUCUCAUUUGAAGGACCAAAACCUCUUAGUGAGAUUCUGAAGAGAAAGAGAGGAGGGGCUGACUCAGCAGCCUUUAGAAGUGGAAAUUCUGUCACUGAAGAAGAUAAUCAGAGAGAAAACAGGAAAAGCAAUCAAGGUGACUUCAAGGGGACUAGGUCUGCUGUUUCUAAACAAGGAAAUAGUGUGCUAAGCAAUGAAGGAGAAUCCAAGUCUACAACUGCUGAGGUAGUUGGAAUAGAAGAUAAGGGCUCUAAUGUUUUGUCUUCCGAAACCCCUAAUGCCAACGAUGAAGUAGAAGAUGGGAUGAUCUAUGAUGAAACAAUAGACCAGGAGUUUGAAGCUGAAGACCAUGGAGAAUAUGAUUAUGAACAAGGUGAGGAGGGGGAGUUUGAUGGUGAGAACGUGGAAGGUGAAGAGGAAUACUAUGAAGAGGGUGAGGGUGAGGGUGAGGGUGAAGGCGAUGAUGACUUUGCUAAGAAGAUUGGUGUGGUAUUCUCAUGAACAAUGAAGAUAUUCAUUGACAAAAGAGACCAACCACUUCCUACCAAAUACCAAUUCCUCUGGACACAGUGUGUGAACAUUCAAUUCAGUUAAUUAGUGGGUCGUUGUUAAUUUUUCUUUGUAGAAGUAGAUCAAGGUGAUUUUGUUCCUUGUCUUUAGUAUAAAACAUUUUGAUUGUAUUUAAAUCUUAAUUGAAUGGGAUAUUUCUUAAUUCUCGAGGAAUUUUGCUGUGCCCUCCUGUAAAAGUUGCAUGACAAGUGUACGGUUGUAAUAGUAGAAAGAUAAUAAGAAGAUAGCUAUUUACUGUGGUUCUUUUAACGUUUA